UAAGAUAAGACUAGCGAACAUUUCUGUCGAAAUAAACCAUUUCAUCAAUGUUCAAUAUUGUCAACUGUGAUGAAUUUACUUGUUGUCUUGGGGUUCUUUGUUCAUAUCAGGAGAACCGCCGAGCAGAAGAGGAUUAGCACUGAGCGAGACAAAGAACGUCAAAACAAACUAGCCACAGAAAAAAGGGGCGGGCCAAAGAAGCAAACAGAAAGAGAGAAGAAAAGAGCGAUUCUUAGCGAACGCCGUAAGGAGAUUAACAUCGUAAACCUCAUUGAGGACAAGCUCAGGAAACAAAGAUGUCAAAACAUAACUUCACGGCAAUGUGACAUACCUCUGCCAAAAGAGGCCGCAAACGAACUCUGGAAGUGGAUCCGGCAACUAGAAGUGGAGAAAUUCAAACUGCAUUACAAAUAUACAUGCCAGAAAUAUGAGAUCACUGUACUUAGAAAUUGAGUCUCUGAUCAUCAAAAAACGUCGCCCCAAUCGGCCUGAUGGGGCGCGCGAGGGAUAAAGGCGGCUGGUGACGACGGUUCGAGAGAGAGAGAAUUACGGGC